AUGAACGACAGGACGACGCCUGAGCAUGACGCAUCAGAUUCACAGAGAAAUGAAGAAAAUACAAGAGGCCUGAUGGAGCUUCAACACACACAGGACUUAUGUGUCAUCAGAGAAACCAGGUCCAAACCGGGACUAAACCAGGACCCAACCAGGACCAAACCAGGCCAAACCAGGACCAAACCAGGACCAAACCAGGACCAAAGCAGGACCAAAACAGGACCAAACCAGGCCAAACCAGGACCAAACCAGGACCAAAGCAGGACCAAAACAGGACAAACCAGGUCCAAACCGGGACCAAACCAGGACCAAACCAGGUCCAAACCAGGACCAAAACAGGACCAAAACAGGACCAAACCAGGUCUAAACCAGGACCAAACCAGGUCCAACAAGCUCCAAACCAGGAUCAAACCAGCUCCAAACCAGGACCAAACUAGGACCAAAACAGGUCCAAACCAGGUCCAAACCAGGACCAAACCAGGACCAAACCAGGACCAAACCAGGUCCAAACCAGGUCCAAACCAGGACCAAACCAGGACCAAACUAGGACCAAACCAGGACUAA